UAUACUGAAGGUUUCUGCAUACGAAAGCAGAAACAUGUUACAUCAGUAUAUUCGUGACCACGGCCGCUGUGACCUAGUCGAAACGCUGAAAUAAUCCAGGUAAAUUAUCAUAGUUUACCAUUUAGGUAAACUAUGAUAAUUUAUGAUCGCAUUAAUUCCCAUUUCUUAUAAAACAUAAUUUAACAAUCGUUUGUGAAUUGUGUGAACAGUGUUUACGCGGUAUUUAUUGUUAUAAGAAUUAAGUGGGUAUGUAAGAAAUCACGAUAUUUCCCAGCGAGAGAAACGGUGGAGCAUGAAUUCACAAAGGCUCGAGGAGAUAGUAGCAGAGUUAAUGAAACCCAUCAGCGAUGUCCGCCGCAGCUUCGAUACGGACCUCAGCGCGUUGUUGGAGGAAUACCUGACGGAGGCGGGCCUGCACGCGCUGGAGGCGGGAGAACACGACGACGAGCCCACUGAAUCCGCCUGCGUCGUGCCCAACUUCGCAGAGCUGGCCCUGCUGUUGCAGCACUCCGCCAGUGUCUAUGGACGGAAGGUCGACUUCCUCUACCAGCAUGUACUCAAUGUCAGCGAUUCCCUACAAACUAGUACGCAAGAAGCGACGGGAACGGCAACCGAGGAGGCGGCGACACCUAGCGGCAAGCGAAAGCGGCGGGCGUCGGUGACGGGCGGCGGCGGCGCGUUCGUGGCGCUGCCGCUGGAGGCGAGCGCGGCGGCGCGGCGCGAGCCCGGGCCGGCGCGGCCGCCGCCCACGCUGCCGCGCCUCUACGUGGAGCUGGAGCCGCGCCAGCUGGCCGCCGCCGACACGCCGCUGCGAGACUACGCGCGCGAGCCCAUCGGCCUGCUCGCCGACUUCCACGUGGCCUGGCGCCUGCGCGCCGGCCGCCUCGUCGACGAGCUCGAGGACUGCGCCGCCGACGCACCCUCGCUGCGCCCCAUCCCGCUCAUGGAGCUGCAGGCCGCCAUCGAGGCCGCCGCGCAGCCCUCGCCGCCGCCGCCGCCGCCGCUCUGCUCGACGCCGCUGUGCUGCAGCCCGUCGCCGCCACCUCUGCCGCCGCCUGCGUCCCCGCCUCCGUCGCCGCUCAUGCCGUGCGCGCCGUCGCCGCCACCCGUCGCGGCGCACGACGUCGCCGAGUCCCCGCAGGUCGAACUAGCCGCGGUCUCGGUCAAGAGGGAGCGAAAAAGAAAGUGCGACCUGAAAAUCGAAGAUAUCGGGUCGGUGAAGCUUUUCAUUAAUAAAGAGGUGCGGCGGCGGCUGCGCGUCGUGCGCGAGUUCUCGCCGGAGCCCGCGCUGGUGGCGGCGGUGGUCGAGAUGCGCAGGCGGCACGUGCUCGCGGUCCGGCGGCGGCUCGACAUGCACGAGCCGCGGCCGCCCAGUCCAGAUUUCCAUGGAUUCGAUUCCACAUAUAUCGGCGGGUUCCCGGGCUGGGCGGCGGCGGAGGCGACGCAGGCCGAGGCGGCGGCGGCGGCGCGGCGCUCGUCGCUGCGGGCGGCCGAGCGCGACGACAGCGACGACGACGGCUUCUUCGAGCAGAGCUCGCUCGGCGAGUCCGACUCGUCGCGAGUCGACGACGCGCUGCCGCUGCGUCCUAGGGGCGAGGCGGCGGCGCCGGACGAGGCGUGGCAGGCGGCGGUGGUGCGGCGCGCGGCGGCGGGCGAGGCGCGCGGCCUGGACGUGCGGCGGCUGGCGGCGCGGCUGCUGCGGCGGCUGGCGGCCGCGGACGGCGCCGCGCCCUUCACGCAGCUGCUGGCGGCCGCCGCCGCGGACCCGCACGACGUCUCCGGCCUCUUCCUCUCCGCGCUCUUCAUGGCGAACGCGGGCAACGUGGAGGUGGUGCCGGGCGCGCCGCUGUCGCUCAACUCGUUCUCGCUGCGGCUGCUGUCCACCGACGAGCGCCGCUACUGCGCCGCCGCCGCCGCCGACGGACACCUCGCGCCCGCGGCAACCGCAGCACCCGCAGCACCCGCAGCACCCGCGCCGCGGUGAGCCUGCUGCCCGCUGUUAGGACAAUUCAACUGCCAGUGAUGGACGGCCACGCGUUCAGCUGGCUGACGCUCCAGUGGAAACUAUCUUGUUUCCAUAUUUCUUAAAUACAAAUUAUUAUUUAAAAUAUAUUUGUAAAUAUAGAUUGUAAGUUAAAAAAAAAAAGUAUUCCUGUAUAUAGUAAUUGAGUUAAUGUGAUUGACUACUUGUGUAGUAGGCAUAUUGGUGUCAUGUUUGAGAUGAAACGUUGGGGGGCGAGUGUUACGUACAUUACUAUCUAAGUAAUGUAAAAGUUCAUUGUUGGAAAUCGUGUGAAUAUCAAUGUCAAAUGUGUUCGUUAGAUGUCGGUAAUCGUAGCCACCUCCGCCGCCACUGCCACCCACUUCCUGUCCCUUCGGCUUCCUUGAAACCGACCCCAGUGUUCAGUGUCAUGUUUUAAUAUUUUUUAAUUGUCAUGAAUGGAUAGCUAGCAACCAGAUACUUACCGUAUUGUAAAUUAAUAUUCUAUGCAUAUAUUUAAAUACGCCACUGGGUGUAACCACGAAAAAGUUUAAGUUGAAAAUAUAUUUAACAUUUCUAUACUACUAUAUAGAUGUUGGAAUGUAAUCGACAGACAAGCGCGGAUACACUGUAAUCGCAUCUAAAGGCCUAUGACAGUGCAAUGUUCUUCAUAGAACACGGGCUGUUCUAGUUAUUCUAUUCUUCUGUUCUGUUGGCUGGAUUGAUCACACACUUGACCCAUAAUGACGUAAUCACCAAUUAGACCAUGACACAGUGGUAUUUAGGUAUUGUCUAUUUAUCACACACCAUAAAAGAAAUUAUGUAGAGACGUUUGAAAAUUAAUUUUGUACAGUGUAAAUACAAACUCAAGAUUAUUCUUACAAAGACUCCUUUAUUUCUGGACAAUAACAGGACAGAGGAACAUUGCUUUUUACCUGUUUAGAUGAAUCCUGACGACACCAUACUGACAAGUGAAUAUAUUUGUUGUUAUGCCCGGUGGCUGCUUGUAUAUGAAAAAUCAAAUUUUAACAAAUAUUGAAAACCGUCCUAUUGAUAAACAUAAUAUUGUACAAUAUGAAGUAAACUUAGUGUAUUUUUGUAAAGAUAUAAACACAUGUACAUGGUUGUAAAUAGUGUACAGUACAGAUUAUAAUAUACUUGACUACUCGAGAGCAAAGAUAUACAAUAAAGGUUGUUGUAGUGCAAUUUAUAUUUCUUAUAAAGAAUUGUGAACCGUGUCCGCACGGUGACAUAUGAAUUGUGCGCAGUUGAAAUAUAUAAUGAACUCGCUAUCUCUUCACCUAAGUUUUACGGAAACUUUAAAUCAUGUUAUUACAUAUUAUAGUCAAGAGUACAAUGUCUUAUAUUCUUCUACAACAAAUAGAUGACAAGUGUCGAAAUUUUAUAUUUUAUAAAUUUGCAAUUUAUGCUUUGUAAUUACUAAUACAAAUUUAUCUUGUCAGAUCUAUUUUGUUUUGUGUCACCAAAUAAUUUAAUAGAGUGAAAAUACAUUUUAUUUUCUCCAUUUUAUAG